UCUUUUUGGUAUGCAGGGCAUCACUCCUCUGCAGCUGCCGUUUAACGCUUUAACUAACUGACUAAUUGGGAUAACACCGAGUCGUCCUCUUGCAACGGAGACUAACAAAUACAUGCAUAUAUACAGUACAUACAUACACACAUAUAUACACACAUAUAAACCGCUGCGUUUCACCUGCAAGGCGACAGACACAAACAGGUCUCCGCUCUGUUGUGAGACCGCCGCGUGCACGCGUCGUUUCCAAGGAUACUACGGGAAGCGCUUGUGGCUUGUUUGCCCCCCUCUUUUCUUUUCUGCGGUCCUUCGUUUUAAACAACCUGCCGGGAAGCUCAGGGGGCUCCAGAGGAGGCGAGGACACACCCAAGGUCUCUAGCUCCUCUUCUCCUUGUCUUCUUUCACGCCAGAAGAAAAAAGGAUACAGCUAGCUUUACAGAAGAUAUUUGGCAUCUCCAUCGCACCGGUGCUCUCCUCACCGCGGGGACUCCCGGACACUUCCUGGCAUCGAAGAGCGGUUUUCGGCGGGGGAAGUUUAUUCCUAGAGUGAAUCCAUUGGGAACACACUGUGGUAUUAAACCCCUCUUCUUGUUAGACAUCACCCUCCAUUUUCCUCGCACUGUGCUAUCUAUCUCAGGUGAAAAGUGCAGGCCUCACCCUCCUGCAUAAUGACAGUGGCAACAGGAGAUCCCUCAGAUGAGGCAGCAGCACACCCAGGCCACCCUCAGGACUAUGACACUGAGGGAGAACAGGAUUGCUGCGAAAGAGUUGUCAUCAACAUUUCAGGUCUCCGCUUUGAAACACAGUUAAAGACGCUUUCACAAUUUCCUGAGACAUUGCUUGGUGAUCCAAAAAAGCGAAUUCGAUACUUUGACCCUUUAAGGAAUGAAUAUUUCUUUGAUAGAAACCGGCCAAGCUUUGAUGCCAUCCUUUACUACUACCAGUCCGGUGGAAGGUUACGGCGCCCUGUAAAUGUGACUCUGGACAUAUUUUCAGAAGAAAUUCGGUUUUAUGAGCUUGGAGAGGAGGCUAUUGAGAUGUUCAGGGAGGAUGAAGGGUUCAUAAAGGAAGAGGAGAGGCCUUUGCCUGACAAUGAAUUUCAGAAGCAGGUCUGGUUGCUAUUUGAGUAUCCAGAAAGUUCAGGACCAGCAAGGAUUAUAGCCAUUAUAUCUGUCAUGGUGAUUCUUAUUUCAAUAGUCAGCUUCUGUCUAGAGACUCUGCCUAUAUUCCGAACUGAUGACGAGGAUAUGCAUAAAGUCCAAACAUAUAAUACUAACUCUACCACAAAAUAUGUGUCCACCUCCUUCACUGACCCGUUCUUCAUCCUGGAGACACUUUGCAUAAUCUGGUUCUCCUUUGAGUUCCUGGUGCGGUUCUUUGCCUGCCCAAGUAAAGCUAGCUUCUUUGUGAAUAUAAUGAAUAUGAUUGAUGUGGUGGCUAUUAUCCCCUACUUUAUUACACUAGGAACAGAACUGGCAGAGAAAGCAGAAGAUGGGCAGCAAGGGCAACAGGCAAUGUCAUUAGCUAUUUUGCGAGUCAUCAGACUAGUAAGGGUCUUUAGAAUCUUUAAGCUUUCACGCCAUUCAAAGGGACUCCAGAUUCUUGGGCAAACUCUGAAGGCCAGUAUGAGAGAACUUGGGUUGCUCAUCUUCUUUCUCUUUAUUGGAGUCAUCCUCUUCUCCAGUGCUGUCUACUUUGCUGAAGCAGAUGAACCUGAGUCCCAGUUCUACAGUAUCCCAGAUGCCUUCUGGUGGGCUGUGGUUUCUAUGACGACUGUUGGCUAUGGAGAUAUGGUACCCACUACUAUAGGUGGAAAGAUUGUUGGUUCUCUUUGUGCCAUUGCUGGAGUGUUGACAAUUGCCUUGCCAGUGCCUGUCAUUGUAUCAAAUUUCAACUACUUCUACCACCGUGAAACAGAGGGUGAGGAGCAAGCCCAAUAUCUGCAAGUUAACACCCCCAAAGCCGAUUCCCAAGAAGAACUGAAAGGAAGUCAAAGUGGUUCUACCCUUAGCAAAUCUGAAUAUAUGGAGAUUCAAGAAGCAGUGAACAACAGCAAUGAGGACUUCCAGGGGGAGGAUCACAAAAAAGGCAAUUGCACUUUGGCCAACACAAACUAUGUGAAUAUCAAAAAAAUGCUGACUGAUGUAUAAUCAACUGAUGUUGCAUUAUUGGAUAAUUACAAAUGACUGUGAAAGAGAUGGCAGCCUUAGUCUGCAAGAUUUCUGAGGCUUUAAAGUUUUAAAGGAUUAUAGAGGAUCACGAUAAGGCAAAACCUCUGCUACUGAUAUGAAAUUUUCUGUUUUGCUCAGAAAUUUCAGGAUCAGCCCAGCCCUCUAUGUAAGGUUGUCUACAUAUUCAAACGUUCAUCUGUGCAUGCAAUUACCUUUCAUCUUCAUGACUCUCACUAAAAAAAUCUAACUUUCUGUAGCAGAAGAAACUGUACAACCUAGAGGAGGAUGAAGAAACAACCUAAGUAAAUGGGUUAUCGUCUACAACGUGUAUACGCUAUCAACAUGUAUCAAGUCCUCAAAGUUCAGCUACAUCUUUUUGCUUCUCCAAAGAAAAUAUUCUUGUGCUUCUCCUGCUGUAAGGAAAGCAAGGCCUCAUGGGGAGUGUAAUAAUAAUGAUAUAAGCUUAUGAGAAGAAAACCUUCCUCCAUUGUUGCUGCUGCUUAUAAUAGAUGUCUAAUAGGAGUAAUACUUAAACAUGAUAAACACGAUAAACUCAGAUUCAAUUAGCUCAAAGCAUUUAAAACAGUUUUUAAGACCAUCGUCUCCCCAGUAGCCUAUAUAUGUAUGGACAACACUAACAUCUAUACUCUCAUGAAAGCAUUUACUGCAAAGACUUUCAAGACAGACUGAAAGUUUCUGUGCCAUAUUUUAUGUCCACAUCAAUGCAAUUAAUCACAUUUGUGCAGCAUGUAUGUUUAUCAUCUUUUUAAUAUCAUACAGACCAGAUUAUGCUGUUGUUUGCUGACCAAUUUUGGGUUAAGGCCAGCUACAUGAUUUGGUACAGAAAACAGUGACACUGACCAAAACUCACACCAAUUAGAAGAAUUAUUUUAUUCAAACAGAUCCCAAAAUCUCUGAAUAUCCUUAGAACACAAGUUGCCUGUACCAAUGAUAUUGUAGCAACAUUUAAUGUGACAGUGAUGUGAUUAUGGAACAUGUUACAUAUGUACCACAGAAACAAGCAGCUCAAGUUGUGUUGUAGUUCAGCAUUUUGAUCAUUUCCUUACUUUUCUAAGAUAAUGAUUGAUAUUCAAUUUACUUGGGAAGUAAACAAGCCAUAUCUAACUAACACUGUAAUAAAACACAACAUAUAUUUAGCCAGUGAAUAUAGCAAAUUGCUAGCAUUAACAACAUAUAAAAAAUAUUUUAUUAUAAUCACAAUAUGAAUUAUUUUAUGCAGUGAAUUUAAUUGUUCCAUUUAUAUGGAGAGGCUCUAGAAAGAACUUUAGAUAUACAGUUGGGUUCAAAAUUCUGAAACUGUAUUAAAAAAAUCAAAUGAUAUUGAAUUCUAUAUCUUAUAUUUACUUUUCAGGAUUUUGCAAUAUUUCCAUUUAAAUGUAGGUCAUUUUGCGAUAGUAACACCAAUGGGACUGUAAUAGUUCUGAAAUGUAUCAUCAGGUUUUAUGCAAACUGGACUCUAUGCCAGUAAAAGUGCACACUGGUAUUAAAAGAAAAUUGGGACAAAUCAAAUACUAAACUGAAUCUGAUAUUCGUGUAGUCUCAGAAUGUUUUAUUCCACUGUAUGUCUAAAGUCUAUUGUGUAUAUGGUAGCUAAUAUAAAAUAAUGGGCAUGAACACAGUGCAGCUUUUAGGUUUUGUUUUAUUUUUGUUUUUGUUUUGUUAUGUUUUAUUUGUCUUUGGAUUCAAAGGCAAUGGGAUGCACAUAGUGACCUUUAGGUAGUUGGCAGAGCCACAGAACAUGACUAGAAUGACUUAACAGUACAUUGCAGUAGCUGCAUCGUCACGUUCCUGAUAGCAUCAGUUGACCUUCCUAAAGAAUCAGGUUUACUUCUCUCAUGACAAGGAAAGGACUAUAAAUCAAUACAUUAUAUUAUAGCGUAAUGGAUAUCAAUGAUAUUGAGAGCACCACAAAGCUGUAUAACUUUCAAAUCGGUCAUACUGAGGUCAUACUGCAGUAGCCUGAGCUUUUUUUUCCUGAGGCCAGUAGCUCUUUUACUUUCUUCUAUGGGUCUUACAAUGGUAGCUAGUGCAGUAUGUAUUAGAAGUGUAGAAGCAUUUUUGGUCAUUCAAACUUCCAAAUUGGCAUUUAAGAUUGUUUAACCAAAGCAUUGAACUUCAAUUAGUUUUUGUUUUUUUAACUCUUUUGCUUUUAUCUUCUAUUGUUUGGCAGGAAAUAAUGAAAGUGAAAUGUUUUAUUGUGUAGCAAUCAUCAUGCACAGUGCAUGUUUUUUUUAGUUUUUAAUUUUUUAUUUCUGAAACAGACUGUAUUUGCUGACACUUGUGUAGAGAAGGAAGAAUUCCUCACAGCUAUUAGCUUUCAGCUUUGUUCUAGCUGAGGCUUGAAGUGCAUUCCUUGAAAGUUCAUAUUUUGGUCAUUUUGGUCAUUUGCAUUUAAGACCUUAUGUGGCUGUUUAAAAAAAACAGAAAAAAAAACAAAAUAACAGGUGUAUGCACAUUGUACAUGGCCAGUCAGAUUAAUAUAUAAUAACUUAAAUGCAACAGACAGUGAGCUUUAUUCUAUGCAUAGAAAAGUACACAGAAAGAAUGUAUCGUCCCAUUUCCUGCACACUUGCACUGUUUUUUUUUGUGUUUAUUUUAUUUCAUUUUCACUGGCAAGCAUCAUAUGUGUGACCUGAAAAUGAAAGAGAAUGUAUGCCUGUGAAUAAUUUGUUUCUCAUUGUAUAUUUAGCACUUUUAAAAGGCAGAUUUACAAACCACUGCCAUCAUAUUGAUUGCAGGUAUUGUGUUUGUUUGUUUGUUUGUUUUUUAUAUUGGAGCACCAAAUGUCUUAAUUUUUCUUUUAUAUAUAUCUUAUUAUCAUUCCAUUGCCUAAGACUGGAAGGAUGCAAACGGUCAUGUCUUAUUCUAUUCUAUUCUAUCUUUACUGAGAUAUGUAAGUGCAAUAUAUUAGCUCAACUCGGUUCCUUAACUACUGUAGCCAAUGAGAUUUGCUUCAUCAUGUAACAUUUGCUUCAUCAGCAGACCAAACAAAAAAUCGGUAUAAAAAUGAUUAUGAAUAUUUAAGAUUUUGACCGAAGAUCAAUUAAGAAUUGUCUUUGAUUGAAAACACACUCCCCAUUCAUAUAUCUUUCUGAUGAAGCUCAUUGUAUUUCAGCUGCUUUCAUUAAGAUCAUGUUUUAUUAGAGCCUGAUGGAACUGGCAACGUUAAAAAAUGGAUCUCAUUACUCAAUUAUGCAAACCUGUUUUUGUGUGUUGAGCAUGAAUCGUGUCUCUGUGUAUCAAUGCGCUACUGCUUGGGGAGUUACAAUCAUCUUAGAGCUUUACAACUGCAGUCCAGGUUUAAAUAAAGCAGAUUUGGGGCAGAUUGCUA